AUGCAGAGAUUAGCUCCAUUGAUGGAAGAACCAACGGAUCAAGAAGAACAAGAAGAAGAAAGAGGAGGAAGAUCAACGAGAUCGAAGUCAUGGAAAAAAUGGAUAAAGGCACAAUUGCAGUCCAUGGUCUUUCACAAAAAAACAGAUAUGAAGGUGCUUCUGAGUGUUCUUGGAUGUCCUCUCUUCCCUGUCCCUCCUCUCUCCAAAGUCUCUCUUCAACAGGUAUCAUCAUCAGCACAAUACAUAAUACAACAUUUCGCCGCAGCAACGGGAUGCAAAAAACUCGCAAGCGAAAUUAAAAAUACUUUUGUGACCGGAAAAAUUACAAUGACUAUGGUGGAUGAUCUUACUGGCUCAGCCGCAGUUGGUAGUGCGUCGUCUGUGUCACAUAAAGGAUGCUUCGUCAUGUGGCAAAUGCUACCAGAAAAAUGGCUCAUCGAACUUGUUAGCGGCGGCCAUAAAGUUUCAGCCGGAAGUGAUGGAGAAAUCGCUUGGCGCUAUACACCAUGGCUCGGUGAUCACGCUGCUAAAGGCGCUAUGCGGCCUUUGCGACGUGUUCUACAAGGAUUGGAUCCUCUAACGAUAUCAUCAGUAUUUUCAUCGGCACAAUUCGUCGGAGAGAAAGAAAUCAAUGGGAAGGAUUGUUUCGUUCUCAAGUUAUCGACCGACCAGAUUGAUUUAUCACGACGCAGCGACUCUACUGCUGAGAUGAUCAAACACGUUGCCUUUGGUUACUUCAGCCAGAAAAGUGGCCUCUUAAUUUGCCUUGAAGACUCUUCCUUAACCAGGAUUCAGGCACCGGGGACUCUUCCGACAUACUGGGAGACCUCAAUGUCGUCAUGGAUGGAGGAUUACAAGGCAAUCGAAGGUAGUGAAGUUGUGAUCGCUCACUCGGGUAAAACAGAUGUUUUGAUAUCGAGAUUUGGAGAGACUCUCAAAGGAGGAAUCUCUGUGACUCGAAUGGAGGAGAGAUGGACCAUAGACGAUGUUGCAUUCGACGUGCCUGGCCUCUCCGUCGAUUGUUUUAUCCCUCCUAAAGAGAUGAAGAUGGAGUUUCAACACCAAGAAGCUCAAAAACAUUUACCAACUUAUUAG